GAAGGAAAUCCGGUCAAUACAGAAACAUAAUAGAGUGUGUUAUGCAGGGACGCAACCGGUUUAAAUGUUGUAUUUAGGUUAAAGCGUAACGUAAGGCACGUUAAAAGUAGAUUGGCGCCUGAGAGGACAUUGUAUGGACUGUGAAUAACCGGUAACGUCGGAGGUGUGUUUUCUGUUUCUCCGCCCACUCCGGAAAACUCCACGGAGUCGUCGUUAUUUUUAUUUUUUAAGGUGACGUGGAGUCGAACCUCUUCUACACUGUCUCGUGUGUCAAUGCAAGUACUUGGUGUACCCGGAUACGAUCGCAAUGAAUGCAUAAUACGCUGGUGCAUUGCAUCGAUGAUGACCAAGAUGUUUAGCUGCAGCGGUAAAGCUUUACACUGAGCACCAGCGUCGGCGCACACCGGAGUAUAGAGGGGACUUUCUGGGCCUGGAGUCCGAGGAAUUCGGCGGACAGACAGGUUUUGUUGGAUCUGCAGCAUUGGAACUGAAGGGACACAUCAGUGAUACUGGGGUCAUGCAGUGCGGAACAGGACACCUGCCAGGUGGCUGCCAGAGGACGAUGGGCCUGCACUGCGUCUUGGUCCUGUGCUUGUUCUCAGGCUGGGCAGUGGGCUACAAGCAGGGGGACAACGUGACUCUCUAUGUCAACAAAGUGGGCCCUUAUCAUAACCCCCAGGAGACAUAUCACUACUACACCCUGCCUGUUUGCAGGCCGGAGAAGGUGCACCACAAGUCCCUGAGUCUGGGAGAAGUGUUGGAUGGUGACAGGAUGGCAGAGUCCUUAUAUUACAUCCGAUUCAAAGAGAACGUGGAGAAAAAAACUCUUUGCAAGCUCACACUUUCUGAGAAACAGGUGGACGAACUUCGUGAGGCCAUCGAGGAGCUGUUCUACUUUGAAUUUGUCCUGGAUGACAUUCCGAUCUGGGGGUUUGUGGGAUACAUAGAGGAGAGCGGCUUCCUGCCUCACAGCCACAAGGUGGGUUUGUGGACUCACCUAGACUUCAACAUCGAGUACAAUGGCGACUCGGUGAUCUUCGCCAAUGUUUCGGUAAAAGAUGUCAAACCUGUUCCCCUGGAGGAGGGGGCGGGUGCAGUAAUCGGCGGAGUCGGGGUGGGUGGAGGCAGCCUGACGGUCACCCACACCUACAGCGUGCGCUGGUUCGAGUCCACUCUGCCUCACGCCCGGAGAGCCGAGCGACUCAGAGACUACUCGUUCUUCCCCAAAACACUGGAGAUCCACUGGCUCUCCAUUAUUAACUCACUGGUGCUGGUGGUGCUGCUGCUGGGCUUCGUCAUCAUCAUCCUCAUGCGGGUCCUUAAGAAUGACUUUGCCAGGUACAAUGUGGAGGAAGAAGGCGGCUGUGAUGAUCUGGACCAGGGAGACAACGGCUGGAAGAUCAUACACACUGAUGUCUUCAGGUUUCCACCGUACAAAAGCCUGCUGUGUGCCGUGCUGGGAGUUGGAGCUCAGUUCCUUACCCUCGCCACAGGAAUCAUCUUAAUGGCGUUGCUGGGAAUGUUCAAUGUACAUCGCCAUGGUUCCAUCAACUCUACAGCUAUCGUCCUGUACGCUCUGACCAGCUGUGUGUCCGGCUACGUGUCCUGUAGCUUCUACACACAGAUCAACGGCCAGCGCUGGGUUUGGAACAUCAUCCUCACCUCGUCGCUCUUCUCCGCUCCUCUGUUCCUGACAUGGAGCGUUGUAAAUUCCAUCCAUUGGUGGAGCGGCUCCACUCAGGCUCUGCCAGCCACCACCGUGCUCCUCAUUCUGGGUGCGUGGGUGCUGGUGGGCUUCCCGCUCACCGUCAUCGGCGGCAUUGUGGGAAAGAACCGAGCCGGCAGCUUCCAGGCGCCCUGUCGCACCCGUAACAUAGCCCGGCAGAUCCCUACACAGCCCUGGUACAAACACACGGCUGUACACAUGGCCAUCGGUGGCUUCCUGCCAUUCAGUGCCAUCUCAGUGGAGCUGUAUUACAUCUUUGCCACGGUUUGGGGCAGAGAGUACUACACCCUCUACGGCAUCCUGCUGUGCGUCUUCGCCAUCCUCCUCUCAGUGGGCGCCUGCAUCUCUGUUGCGCUCACCUACUUCUUGCUGUCCGGCGAGGACUACCAGUGGUGGUGGCGGAGCGUCCUGAGCACUGGCUCCACCGGACUCUUCAUUUUUGUCUACUCUGUUUUCUACUACCGGAACCGGUCCGCUAUGAGCGGCCUGGUGCAGAGCACCGAGUUCUUCGGCUACUCUCUGCUCACAGCGAUGGUCUUCUCACUAAUGCUCGGCAGCGUGUCGUUCUGGGCCUCACUGGCUUUCAUUCGCUACAUCUACCGUAGCCUCAAGAUGGACUAAAUAUGAAGCGUGUAUACACAGACACAGAGAUAAACAAACACUUCCUCAUAGACCACAUGGACAAUCCUCAUUAUCCUCUCAUACUUUCAGUCUUACAAAAAAACACACACACACACACACCUCCGAAGAGGAUGGAGAAACAGGGGCCUUUACCAUGAUUUAGAGCUGUCACUGUUAUAAGGGAUUAUUUGUUGGUUUGAUGGACGGGACUUGUAUUUAAGGAAUUAAUUGGGAUUUUUCGGUACGAAAGGGACUAUUUCAUGCAUUUAGAAGUGGCGGGGUGAAAUGUAUGAUGAGAUAUGUCAGCGAAUGGAUGUAAUCAUUGUAUGAUGUAGUGUCAUCCACAGCUGUGGUUCCUACUUCAUGGUCCAUACAGGUUUGGCAGGUCUUUAUCUCCCACAUUACACCAGUUAAACCGCUGACCCAUACUGUAGUUUGGAUUAUUUAUGCAGCAGUGCAAGUGUUAUUUACUUAUAUAAAAAGUAUGUUUUGCACUGGCCCUGUCACGCUCCACAUGGACCUGCAGCGGAUAAGAGUAAUGAUGUACUGUAGGUUGAAGAGCUUUUGAGAAUGUCGGUGAUGGUUGCAAUAUUGUUAUUGUAUUCUAUGGUCACCAUUGACUGAUUUUGGUUCUGAUGUAAAUAUAGUCUUUUCAAUAAAAUGCUUUUUAAUACAA